GUGGUAGUGGAGAAUGGCAGAGGUUGAAGUGACGAAGAUGGGAGAUUUUGUGGAGGAGGGAGGAAGUGAAUCCCAUCCUCAUGUUUACAUGAAUGGAGGCAACUCAGAGAAGAUAGCAUCUCCUCUACCUAUGGAGGCUAUGGUACACAAGGCCAUUGUAGUCCAUGAACAAGAGGAGGAGUUAGAUGUGUCUAAUAACGUGGACCAUGAAGUACCGCCCUUUCCAAAGGAGGGCCCGGUUACAGUGAAGACCACCAUGAGCUUCCUGCAUGAGAGAAAAGAGCAACGCAUUCGAGUAACCAACCUUGUGCUCAGAGGUUUAGGGGUCUUAUUCUCGUUUAUCUCCUUUGUUAUCAUGGCCUCAGAUGACCAGGGAUCACAGGACUAUAUAUCAAACGAUGAUGAUCGGUCAUUCGAUGCUUUUGCAGCAUACAGGUAUUGCUUGGCCAUGGGCGUAAUAGCGUUCGUCUACUUGGUGUUGCAGCUUGGUAAAGGGAUAUAUGUUACGUUCUUCAACCCUAAUUCAUUUCGACACGUUGCCUUCUCUUACGUAGAUUUCAUCGGCGAUCAGAUAUUGGCCUACUUACUCAUGUCUUCUUCUUCGUCGGCGGCAUCGCAAACGGGGACACUAGAACGAUUUGAUUACUUCCUCAGUAGGAGAACGAUAGAUUUGCCAGCAGCGUCGUCGAGCAUGAGUUUCCUUGCCUUUGCGUCGGUGGCGGCAUCUUCUGUGCUCUCUUCUUUUGCGCUUUCCAAACGUAUUCUAUGGUGA